GUCAAAGUAUUUACGGUGGCCACUGAACCCACCGAUGGCUAUGCCCGCUACAUUCGUUCUGCACGCAUUUACGAUAUUAAGGUCACAACUUUGGGCCUAGGCGAGCAAUGGAAGGGCGGUGAUAUGAAUCAUCCCGGUGGCGGGGCCAAGAUCAAUCUCCUUCGAAAAGCUAUUGCGCCCCUGAAGGAUGAACAAGACACAAUCGUACUCUUCACAGACAGCUACGAUGUGAUCAUCACGGCCACGCUAGAGGAGAUUGUAGAGCUGUUCAAGGAAUCCAAAGCCAAGCUGCUAUUCUCCGCAGAGAAGUUCUGCUGGCCGGACAGCAGCCUGACCGAUGCGUACCCCGAGGUGGAGAGCAAUGCCUCGCGAUUCCUCAACUCUGGUGCCUUCAUUGGCUAUGCCCCGCAGGUGUACGCUCUGCUGAAGGAGGACAUCGAGGACACCGAUGAUGAUCAGCUGUACUACACUAAGGUGUUCCUGGACGAGGUUAAGCGGGCCAAGCUGGGCAUGAAGCUGGACACGCAGUCACGCCUGUUCCAGAACCUGCACGGUGCCAAGAAUGAUGUCAAGCUGAAGGUGGACAUCGAGACCAACCAGGGCGUCCUGCAGAACGUAAACUUUCAGACCACGCCCGCCAUUGUCCAUGGCAACGGACUGAGCAAGAUCGAGCUGAAUGCCUAUGGCAACUACCUGGCCAAAACAUUCAAUGGCAUCUGCACUUUUUGUCAGGAGUAUCUCCUGGAACUGGAUGAGAAAAAUCUGCCCGUCAUCUCCCUAUCCGUGAUUGUCCCAACGGCCGUGCCCUUCUUUGACCAAUUCCUCGAGGCCAUCGAGAAGAUCAACUACCCCAAGCAGAACCUCCAUUUGCUCAUCUACAGCAAUGUGGAGCUCCAUGAUGCGGACAUCAAGUCAUUUGUGAACAAGCAUGGCGAGAAAUAUGCCAGUGCCAAGUUUACUCUAUCCACGGAUAAGCUGGACGAGCGUCAAGGCAGGCAAUUGGCUCUCGACCAAGCCAAGGUCCGCAAAAGCGACUACAUUUUCUUCAUCGAUGCAGAUGCCCAUAUCGACGAUGGCGAAGUGCUACGCGAAUUGCUCAAACUGAACAAGCAAUUUGUGGCGCCGCUGUUUGCCAAGUAUCACGAGCUGUGGAGCAACUUCUGGGGCGCACUCUCGGAGGGCGGCUUCUAUGCGAGGUCGCACGACUACGUGGACAUUGUCAAGCGGGAUCUGAUCGGCAUGUUCAACGUGCCCCAUGUGACGAGCAUCUAUCUGGUAAAGAGCAGCGCUUUCGACGUUCUCACCUUUCAGCACAGCGAAUACGACGCCGAUAUGGCCAUGUGCGAAUCACUACGAAAUGCGGGUAUAUUCAUGUUCAUUAGCAAUCAGCGCUACUUCGGACACUUGGUAAAUGCCGAUAACUUUGAUACCAAGGUGACACGUCCCGACUUUUACACGCUGUUCAGCAAUCGGUACGACUGGACCGAGAAGUACAUUCAUCCGAACUACUCGGCGCAGCUGAACGCCACCACUGUGCUGGAGCAGCCGUGUCCGGAUGUGUACUGGAUGGCGAUCGUGACGGAUGCCUUCUGCGAUGAUCUUGUGGCCAUUAUGGAGGCCCACGGCACCUGGUCUGAUGGCACCAACAAUGACAAUCGUCUGGAGGGAGGCUACGAGGCAGUGCCCACGCGCGACAUCCAUAUGAAGCAGGUGGGCCUCGAGGUGCUGUACCUGAAGUUCCUGGAGCUGUUUGUGCGACCUUUGCAGGAGCGCGUCUUUACCGGCUACUAUCAUAAUCCUCCCCGUGCGCUGAUGAACUUCAUGGUGCGCUACAGGCCCGACGAGCAGCCCUCGCUGCGUCCCCAUCAUGACGCCUCGACCUACACCAUCAACAUUGCCAUGAACCAGGUGGACACCGACUACGAGGGCGGCGGCUGCCGCUUCCUGCGUUACAACUGCUCCGUGACGAAGACAAAGAAGGGCUGGAUGCUGAUGCACCCCGGCCGACUGACCCACUACCAUGAAGGACUGCUGGUGACCAAAGGCACACGCUACAUUAUGAUCUCCUUCAUCGAUCCGUAGACGUAGAGGGGCCGCCAUCCCGAAAAGAGAUUCGAAUGGGCAUUUAAUGGUUACUAUAUGCAUCAUAACUGCCAUAUCGGCCACUCCAAAGAAUUGUAUCCUAUGCCCAAAACAAAACCCGAUCAAAUCUAGUUAAAGUCCCAGUAGAAGAUGUUGGGGGUUUUCGGCCAGUCUGAAUUUUUUGAUGAUUUUACAUACCCGACUACUUUGAGACCGAAAGCUUUAGAGUCCCUAAAAAGAAUCAGUUUAAUCCUUAAGUUAAUUGUAAGUUUUUUACAACGUACUCAACGUGUUCAAGUCUGCAAUCAAAUAAAUGCAAUUAUUAAAAAG